AUGAGUGGUGAGCCCUUUCCCCCUGCUGUAGACAGUCCAUCAGUGAACACAGCAGGGUCAAUUAUCAGCAGGAAGCACAUGCAUAGUCAUCCUGAGUCUUUCAAGGCUGAUGCUGAUCGGGACGGCACCGAGCUGGUGGUCAUUAACGUGUCCGGACUGCGCUUUGAGACGCAGCUCAAGACGCUCUCGCGCUUCCCGGAUACACUGCUGGGUAACCCGUACAAACGCACGCGCUUCUUUGACCCGCUCCGCCACGAGUACUUCUUCGACCGGAACCGACAAAGCUUUGAUGCCAUCCUGUACUACUAUCAAUCCGGCGGCAGGCUCCGCCGACCCCUGAACGUACCGGUUGAGAUUUUCAUCGAGGAGAUAAAGUUUUACGAGAUCGACGAGGCUGUGAUCCAGAACUUCAUCGAGGAUGAAGGGCUUGGCAGAGAGGAAGUGCGCUCGAUGCCCACCAACAAGCUCCAGCGCCGGGUUUGGCUCCUGUUCGAGUAUCCAGACAGCUCGCGCGCGGCCCGAGUGAUCGCCGUGAUGUCAGUGAUGAUCAUCGUGAUAUCAAUCGUGAUCUUCUGCUUGGAGACGAUCCCAGACUUCAGCGGUUCCGAUGAUGUCCUGGGCAGACAGGCAACAGUUAACGAGACCACUGAAGCAAACUGGACCAGCAGCAGCAGCAGCAGCAGGUUCUCAGGCGCGUUCUUCCUGCUCGAGACUCUGUGCAUCGUGUGGUUUUCCUUCGAGAUGUUCAUGAGGUUCGUGUCGUGUCCGAGCAAGCCGGCUUUCUACAAGGACUUCAUGAACACCAUUGACAUCAUAGCAAUCUUACCGUACUUCAUAACUCUGGGAUUGGAGCUUGCAGAGUACCAAGGGGCCGCGCAACAGACCGCAACACUGACCGUGCUCAGGGUGAUCCGGAUCGUGCGCGUCUUGCGCAUUUUUAAACUCUCGCGCCACUCCAAGGGCCUACAGAUCCUGGGCCGGACGCUGCACGCCAGCAUGCGCGAACUGGGCCUGCUCAUCUUUUUCCUCAUCAUAGGUGUUGUCCUGUUCUCCAGCGCGGCUUUCUUCGCUGAGCUGGACGACCCUGAGUCGAGCUUCACCAGCAUCCCGCAGUCGUUUUGGUGGGCUGUGGUUACCAUGACUACAGUAGGAUACGGGGAUAUGACUCCUGUCACGGUCGGUGGUAAAAUCGUUGGUUCGAUGUGUGCCGUGGCCGGUGUGCUCACCAUUGCCCUGCCCGUUCCUGUCAUUGUGUCCAACUUCAGCUAUUUCUACAAGCAGGAAAACGACGUGAAGGAUUCGAACACAUACACGCAUGUAACAUGUGCACGUCCGGUGGCUUCGUUUGAGGAAAACAGCAUGCCUAAAUGCAAAUUCACACUCAUUAAAUCAGAAUGCUCAGAAAAUAAUGAUGAUCAUGAUGAGGAUAAUGAGUCUAAUUCCUCCAUGUACUGUAAUUUUAACCAUGAUAAGUACACAGGGAGGCUGACAGAUGUAUGA